CGCUCAUUAUUGCCAAUUCGAUAACACAGAAAUAAGAUAUACGAAAAUAAUACUUAUUUCUUGGAAUGCAUUUUAAUUCAUAUUGUUUUCUCUCACUAUUUAAAAAAAAAUAGUUAUAGUCUUGUGCUUAAUAUAAAAAUAUUUUGAUUUUGUAUAUAAAAUAUAGAUCUACAGGCACAUGGCGGGUGUUUUGUCUAAGCUUGAUAAAAAUUUCAACAAUUAUCGGAAAUCAAAUUUGGAGGAAAUCAUUGAGACAAAUAAACUGUCGGAACUGUCCGAAACAGCAUUUUCUGCUAAAGCUGACAGUAACCAACAAAUAUCGGAUGUCAAAACGACUGAUUUAAAGACUGAGAGCAGCAAUACUACCGGUUGUCGUCUAAGAAACCGUAAGAAGAAAGUUAGAAAAAAUACUAAAAGAAACAUGGCCGACGCUAAGGACGUUACAACGGAAAGAAAUGUACCUGAAAGAGAUGUUAGUAAUGCUAUUGAUGACGCGGCGGAAAGAAAUACCUCUGAUGGAAUUUUAACGAAUGCUGAUGGUCUAAGACCAGAGAGAACUAGUUUAAACACAGACCAAACUGAUUCAGUUGAUACAAGAACAGAUGGUCAAAGUGAAUCUAAUAGAAACCAAGAAGUUACUAAGAACAACUCGAGACAAGGUGCUAAUGGGCCAGCUCAAAGCAAGGAAUCGUUUAGUGAUCGGUUAGGAAUUGUUAUAUUCAAUCCAAAAUAUAGACAAUAUGCGACUCAAGAAUCAAGGUUAAAAUCUUACAAAAACUGGCCGAAAGAUAACAAAGUCAAUGUAAGUACAUUAGUAGAUGCUGGUUUUGCAUAUACCGGAGUUGGAGACUCUGUACGAUGCUUUUAUUGUGGAGGGGCCUUCAAAGACUGGUCCGAUGAUUCUGAUCCCUGGAAGGAACAUGCUUUAUAUUUUCCACACUGUGGGCAUAUUCGUCAAUGUAAAGGUGUUGCGUACAUUAAGCACAUUUGCGGAGAAGGUGAUAGUGACUAUGAAGUUGAUGGUGAUGACGAUGUGCUAAUAGAUAGAGUGAAACUUGCUAUGAAACGAAAUGAAACUGCUGUCAUGGCUGCUAGGGAUUUUUGCGCAGACGAAAGCCUUCUUAGAGAUGGAGUUAAAAGAAUACUUAAAGAAAAAAAAGAAACAUUUUCUGGCGUAGAUCUCAUUAAAGCGACAGAAGAGAUAAAAGACGAACUUGAACGACGACAAACAUUAACCGAACUUACGGAGACAGCUUGUUUAGAAAAUGAUUCAUCGGACGAUUCAGAAGCAGAGGUCAAUAAAAUGGAACUACUGGAAGAAAAUAGAAAACUAAAAGAUCCUGUCUUAUGUAAGAUAUGUCUUGAUAAGAUUGCCACAAUUAUAACAUUACCUUGUGGCCAUAUGUCUAGUUGUUCUCAAUGUAUUUCGGCGUUGUCUACAUGCGCUAUAUGCAGAGCUCAGAUAAAAGGGACUGUUCGGGCUUUAAUGGUUGUUUAAAUUAAAAUCGCAGAGUUAUUUGUCUACGGUUAACAGGUUGAUAACCUGCAGACAUUGCUUACAAUUUAUAUAGUUUUAUUACGGCAGGAAAGUUUAUUUAUGACAGUCGCUAUAUGCGCUUUCUACAUCAGUCUGAAUUUUGAACUCACACAUGUGAGUGGGUGUCCAUGAAAAGUGGCUUAUUAUAUAGAAUGGUACGACAUUUACCCAUUUUCGAUAUGGCGGGAACACACACUUUGAACAUAACAUGUAUGGUCUAUCAUUAUUGUGCUUAAUAUUGUCUGUACAUAGUUUUGAACUUUUUACUAUAACAUACAUGUAUUCAUAAACUUUCUUAUUUAUAAUUAAUUCUGACAUAAACCUAGUCAGUUCAAUGUGGUAUCUUCAAAGAAUUUCUAGAAAAAAAUGGUGCUCGGUUUCAAAUGAAAUUUAGCUUUCAAAAUGUUAAAUUUAAUUUAGAAAUUACCAAAGUAAGGCAUUGUUAUUGACUUUUAUAAACAGUGUGACAGUAUACUCAUAAAUAUCUCGUAUUAAAUCUAAAUAUAGAAACUUGUAUCAACAAUUUUCGGAUUUCCAUAUUCUCUAAAAAUAGUGAUAUCUGACCAACCUAAUCGUGACUCACUAAAUAAUUAUGUAAUGUUAAUGUAAUAAAUUAUGAAUAAUUAUAUAGAAUUACUAAGGAAAUUGCCUGUCUAUCUUUGCAGCAUAAUUGCGUUUUUUUUCUAUGGCGGUUGUUUUGCUUGUGUUCAUUUUAGGUUGCGAUUUGUGCCUGGCAUUAUUUUUCCUAUUUUUUAUUGUUUUAUAUUAGAAUCAAACACUUAUUUCAAUGCGAACUUUUAUUAUGUAUUUUUGUGUAUGAAUGUGAGUUGUAAAUGUUACAUAGACCCCCCCCCCCC